AUGUCCGGCAGCGGCAGCAAAAAACUGGCCAUCCCCGACCUCCCCGAGCCCGCCCACGCAGACCUCGACUCGAUGCUCGCCCGCAAGUUUGGCAAGGAAGUGGCCAACUACUUCGCCGGGUCGCCGCUCAACCGCGUGUCCUUCCUGCGGCCCGAUACGACUUUCCUCUCGCAAGCCCUCAAGCACGACACGUCGCGCUUCAUAUUAUUCAAGGACCUCAACCCGCUGGUCAAGUCGGCUGAAAAGCUUGCGUACGUCUCGUACAAGGAUGUCGAGCCUGUGGUCGGCGAUCCGUACCAUGCUACCGAGGAUGACAUCGUGAAGCAGUUCAACUCUUCGGCCUACCGCGCACAACUCAUUUUCCUCGGGCUGGACGAGAGCAAAAAGAAGGAUGGCUUUGCGUACAAGGAGCACUACGCCGGACAGCCUUACUGGGCUCUGGACGUCACGCCUCGCGCCAGCGUGACCGAGGCGGCCGAGGCUCUGAUCAAAAAGGUGGAGGGCGAGAGCCUGUACUUUGCACAAGGUCGGAUGCAGCUGUCCCUCGUCGCGGCCGAAGCCGCCAUGUACGCCGAGGGCCGGCACCUGCUCGACUGGAACUUGCGCAACCCGUACUGCGGAGGCUGCGGGCACAAGACGCUGUCGACCAACGGCGGGUUCAAGCGGACGUGCCCGCCCAAGGACCUGGCGGACCGGGUGGCGGACGCGCCGGACGCGCCGGACCGGCCGCCCUGCGCGACGCGGCACGGCGUGUCGAACCUGAGCUUCCCGCGCACCGACCCCACGGUCAUCAUGGCCGUGGUGUCGCACGACGGGCAGCGCAUCAUGCUGGGCCGGCAGCGCCGCUGGCCGCCGCACUGGUACAGCACGCUCGCCGGCUUCCUCGAGCCGGCCGAGUCGGUCGAGGAGGCGGUGCGCCGCGAGGUGUGGGAGGAGAGCGGCAUCCACCUCGGCCGCGUCGUCAUCCACUCGACCCAGCCGUGGCCUUACCCGGCCAACCUGAUGAUUGGCGCCAUCGGCCAGGCCAUACCCGACGGCGAGGCGAUCCACCUGGGCCAUGAUGCCGAGCUGGAGGAUGCGAAGUGGUUCAGCUUCGACGAGGUGCGAGAGGCCUUGAGGAUUGGGACCAGCGGGUUGGGCGAGGACCCUGGCCCGGAGUACAAGCCCGGUGGCUUGAGACUGCCGCCGUCAACGGCCAUUGCCAAUCAGCUCAUGCGUGCGGUGGUGCUUGGCGGGUUCGUCAGCGCGGAGGCGAAGAUUUAG